AUGUCUUUUGGAGUGCACUUAGUCUUAUUUUUCGCUUUUGCUAAUAUAAUCACAGCCAGCAUAGAACAGCAUCACGCAGACCACUUAUCAACUCACUCGCAUUACGAAGGGGGCGAGCACAACCCUGAGUAUGAUCAUGACGCCUUCCUUGGACCAAAGCAAGCUAAAGAAUUCGAGACACUGAGCGAAGAGGAGGCAAAAAAGCGACUGCGAGCUAUGGUACCUAAACUAGACACGGACAAGGACGGAGAGAUCUCGCUGGCUGAGCUAGAAGCGUGGAUAGAUAAACAACGCAAGAUUUUUAUGUAUGAUGCAGUGGAUGAGGAUAUAGAAGUGCAGGAUCAUGAUGGAGAUCGGAUGAUAUCGUGGAAUGAGUACAUGAAAGCGAGAUUUGGCGAGUCGGAACAUGAUAAUUUCCCGAAAGACGAG